AUGUCUGCUUUGAUUCAUUCUGUAGUAAUGAAGAAAAGACAUGCUGGUGAUAGGUGGUUGAUAAGAGGACCAUGUACAUAUGUUCCACCAAUUCAGGUUAAAAUAAUAAAAAAACCUGAUGGAUCUAUGGUCAGAAGUGCCAUAGCUCUGAGAGAAAAUGAAGGAAUAUACAUUCGACAUUUACAAACUGGGAGAGUGAGGGCAAUAAUGGGACCACAGUCCUACUUACUGCAAGAAUAUGAAGAACUGUGGCAGAAAGAAUUGACACCACUCCUGGAAGAUUUACUUCGACAUGGUGGUGGACAAGGUGGAUCUAAUAUUCGCAAAAUGGCAUAUUUUGAAUCUUCAAUUGAGCCGUCAUUGUCUGGGAAUAAAACUAGGGAUAAAACAAAAGUUGUGACUUACAGAUGUCCUGGAAAUACUGCAGUUCAAGUCUAUAACUAUGAAAAGAAAACUGCUCGAGUGGUAUUUGGACCCAAUAUGGUGCUUCUUGGACCUGAUGAGAAUUUCAACAUACUGAGUCUUAGUGCUGGAAAACCUAAGAAAGAGAAUGCACUAAAGACAAUAUGUUUGAUGCUAGGACCUGAUUUCAUGAGUGAUAGUAUUGAGGUUGAAACUUCAGAUCAUGCAAGACUUCGUAUAUUUCUUGCUUUUAACAAUCAUUUUGAGUUUACUCAUGGUAUUCUGGAAGAAGAACUCAAAAUAUUUUCAGUGCCUGAUUUUAUUGGAUUUGCAUGCAAGCAAGUUGGAAGUAGAAUACGUGGAGUUGUUGCUCAGACUCCAUUUGACACUUUUCAUCGUUAUUCAGCUAAAAUUAUUCGGGAAGCCAUUUUUGGUGUUGACAAGAAGGGGAAAAUAGGAGCAAAAUUAAAAUUUGAUGUCAAUGGUUUGUGUGUUACUAAUAUCGACAUUCAAAGUAUAGAACCAGUUGAUACUCACAUGAGGGACAGUUUAAUGAAAUCUGUUCAAAUGGCAAUUGAAAUAUCUACAAAAUCUAUUGAGGCUACUGCUUUUCAUGAAGCCAGACGAAUAGAGCAAGAAGCCCGUGGUCUACUAGAGAGACAGAAAAUAUUGAACGAGCAGGCGGCUGAAAGAUCUAGAAAUGAGCUGUAUGAAUUGAAAGCAGUUACUGCAGCUGUGGAAUCAACAGGACAAGCUAAAGCCGAGGCUCAGGCACGAGCAGAAAAAUUACUUAUUGAAGGUAGAAGUGAAAUUGAAGUUGCUCGUUUGAAAGCACAUGCUGAAGAAAUUGAGGCUAACACUGAACUUGAAUCACUUGAGGAAACUCGAGCAGCUGAAUUAGCUUACAAAAGUCAUCAAAUUGAAUUGGAAGUGAAUAAAUCAAGAGACUUAGUUGAUAUCGAGGUGUCACAGUUCAGUGAAAUGAUAAAUGCACUUGGUGCCAAUACAGUGGCUGAGAUAGCUAAAGCAGGGCCUCAGCAGCAGGUUGAUUUGCUGAAAGGACUUGGUAUAGAAUCUACCUUAAUAAUGAGUGGUGAUAGUCCUCUUAACCUUUUCAAUGUUGCCCAAGGACUUGUAGGAAAUGGUUUGAACAACUGAAUGGUAUGCCUAACUUUGAAGUGAUACUUUUCUUUGUUGUCCUAAAUAUUAAUCCCGGCAGGUGCACCAUUUCACUAACACAGGGCAUUCAUUGAACCAAACCAUUCAUUAUAAAAAUAGCGAGCCAUUUUUUUCAAAAUAACCUGUGUAUUAUUUGUUGAUUAAUUUGAGAAUUUGUCACCAAACUGAGUGAGUAAAAAUAAUAAAAAAUCUGUCAAGGAAAACAUAAUAAACAUCUAAUUAUUAGGACAGCAACACAUGUAUGAUACAAUUUAAAUGAUUUACUGAUCAAUUUACAGAAAUAUUAUCUGCAUUUCAUCAUAUAUCUGCUGAUGGCUAUUUUUAAAUGAAUUUUUAGAUUACAAUUCAAACAUUAUCUUAACUUCAUCUGCUGUAAUUUUCGAUGAUUAUUGGUGAUUCUCAUUUAUUGAUCAGUUGUUGAAUAGUGUUUGAUUAUUGAUUUAUUAUUUAUUCAGAAAUUAUAUUUACAUAUCAGCUAUAUACAUACAUAUGAUACAUUCAAGCAAUAAACUUUAUAAAUUACCACAAUGUUAUUCAGAAACACAACAUGCAACAUUGUUGCCAUGAAUUAUGUGAUGUUGUAAUGUUAUUUUAUAAAGGAGAACCCGUUUCUAUCAUCUGUGGUUUAAUAGUUUUGGUGACAUUGGUCAUUGUAUAUACUUAUUUGACAUCCAAUGUACGACUGCGUUCAUACUCUCAUUUAUGUAUAUUGGAAUACAUAUUUACAUACAAAUUAUUUAUCAGCCUCUUGUGUGUCUUUGGUCUUGUACAUAGUUGUUUGAGUUAGAAUUUUGAUUAAUUGAUAAGACCCAAUAUGAAUAGUGUACAUAAUAUCAAACGCAAAUAAUGUUUUAGAGUAAAUAUAAAUAAGGUAAUUAAUGUUGUGAAAACUGUAUAUGAUAAAUGUUCAUUUGUAUAUUUUAACUUUUUAACUAAUUCAACUAAUUAAAUUUUCAUAUUAUGCAAAUCUAA